ACGUGAUCACCACUACGCCCACUUCACCCUAAUGAAGACAACAACAGUAAAAGUGAUGAAAACCUGCGAGGGUUUUUUGGAUUUUUGAGAUGAAACUGGACCUGGAAUAAGUGUCACGAAGGACAAGGGCAAAAGGACGGAAAGUCCUGAAUCUUUCAGGCAAAUUCUGAAUUUUUUUAUGUGAUAUUAAAAAUUAAAACGCGAUGUUGAACUUUAUGAAAAUGGUGUUGAGGCCGGGUUGCAGGGCAGCAUCACGGUCGCUCACGAGAACUGCAUUUUACCACCAAAGUUGGUCAAAAUCGCCACAAAUUAUCAUAUCUCCAGCCAGGAGAUUCUUGCGGACUGAAGUUGUGGAGAACUUUGCCGAGGAGGAGCAGCGAAUCUCAAAGUUUGAGGUUUUCCGCGCCCGAGCCCUUCACAAGGGCAGGGUGGGCGAAAGGGAGGUGGAGGCCCUGCUCGCAGAGGCCGACGCCCAACUGGCCUUUCUGCUCAACUGCUGCGCGGACAGUUUGCCGCACCUGCCAGGGCCAACGAGGCUCCACCUGGCCUCGCAAAUCUGGACCCGCUUUGCUGAAAAAGAAGGGUACAAAGUUACGAAACUGGACGUCUUGGCGCUGCUGAACGUCUUCAGUUCGGCAGGACAGAGCGUCGACCUGUCGGAGUUGCUUCCUCCGACCGAGGCGUCCAGGUUCCUGCGGGACAGGGACGUCCUGCUGCAGCUGCUCGAUUGCCACUCGGAAGGUGCGAAUCCGACCAAGUGCGAAGAGACCAUCGAUCUGCUCAAGUCCCUCGGAAAAACCUCCGGAGAUGCAGAAUUCGCCGCCCUCAUUUUGGCCCACGGAAAAUCACACAACUUUGAAAGAGUCGAGUCUGUCCUGAAGGCGAUGGAGGAGUUGGAGGUGCCGCCGGGCCCUUUGUCCCUCUUCGCCCUGCUCAGAGCGCAAAUCCUGAAUUCACAACCGGUCGAGCGAACCCUGAAAAGCAUGCAGGGCCAAAGUCUCCCUUCCUCGGAGGAGCACAUGGCCAAGGUCAUCCUCAGCCUGGCCGAGGCCAACAACACCAAGCUCGUCGGACCGAUUCUUCGCGUGUUUCCGGUGAACGGACUGAGCCACUGCAUCAGAAACAUGGUGAUCCGGUUGAUCCACCAAGACCGACACUUCUUCGCCUGCAACAUUUACCACCUGCUGCUGACCAACUGCAACCCUGAAGUCCUCAACAGCAUCCUCGCCUUCUUCCCCACCGAACUAGUCAAAUCAAACAAGUCCGCCGUGGACAUCCUGGAGAUCUGCAUUUCUCUGCAGUCCAACUUUCCGAACCACAACUCGUUCCUGCUGUACGCGUUGGAGGAGAGUCUGAAGGACAAGAGCAAGGGCGGCCUGUCCGGGGAGUUGCUGAGCCACGCCUCCCCCCUGCGCAACCACUUCUUCUGGCCGCUCAUCGUCCACUGCGGCUCCCCCGAGGAGAUGGUGCGCGUCCUCAACCACAUGCAGAGCCUCGGCUUGCGACCCGACUUCGACACCCUCGCCUUCUACGUCUUCCCCGGCAUGCUCAGGUGGGACGCGCCCAUGGCCGUGCUCAAGCUGCUGCAGGCCGAGUGCGGCUUGUCCGUGGCCACGCAGCUCGGCCCCAUGCUCAACGCCCUCCUCAUCGACAAACACCUCCAGGAGGCCCUCGACUUGUGCAAAAUGAUUAACCAGCGCACCUUGGACCUGCGGAAACUGACCAAGUCUCUGUCGAGCGCCGUGCUCAAGAAGAAGAGCUUCGGGGUGGCGGCGCACCUGGUCGCCCUGCUUGCCGAGUCCAGGCACAAGUUUGCCGAGGUCGACUUUGUGGGUCUCUUCCUGAUCGAGUACUGCAGCAGGUGCUCCCCUGCCGACCUCAAGGAACUCCUCAGUCACAUGGCCAAGUUCAAAGUGCGCAUGUCGAUGGCCAGCUACGAAGGCCUGUUGACCAAAGCGGCCGUCAAGCAGAUCGGCAUCCAGUACCUUGACCUGCUGACCAACAGCACCUACAGCGGCCUCAACACCUUCCAGCCCAUCGCCCAUCCGAGAGACAUGGACGUGGAGGAGUUGGAAGCUCACUUGGUCGAGCUCAAGAGCAAGUCGAUGAACACGAGGGGCGUCCUGAGGAGACUUUUGCAGGCGCACUGCAGACUUAAGAACGUCGACCGAGCCCUGCAGAUCAAAAAGGAAAUGGAUUCGCUGAGGUUUGAACUGAGUCCGGGAAUUCUGUCUUCGCUGCUCAGUUUGUACACGGAAAUGGAAGACGUGGCGAGUGCGACGGAAAUUCUGCACCAGAUCCAGGAAUAUCCGAGAUUCGCCCUCGACUGGUUCAAAAUCGUGGAUUUUUGCAGGUUGAAGGUCAGGACGGGAGCUGAUUUUGAUGAGGUGAGCGAGUUGCUGGAGCAGCACAUUUUCCAAGUCAGAAGGAGCAAACGCUUCAGCAUCGACGCGCACAACUGCAUCAAAUUAUUAGACGAAGUGAAGAAAAGUUACGGUGACCAAAAGAGAGACUUGCUUUUGAACAAGUUCAGUGAAAACGAAAUCAUUUAGUCGAAUAGUUUUAAUAAAAUCCAAUCAAACCCAAACUUUAUCAAUUCCAUUUGCUUUUUUUUUUUUUUUU